AUGUCUCGAGACCCAGAUCGUCCAAACGUCGUCCUGAUCCUAGCCGACAACCUCGGCUGGGGUGAAUUGGGUUGUUACGGCGGUGGCGCCCUCCGCGGCGCCGCAACGCCCCGGAUCGACAAGCUCGCGACGCAAGGUCUCCUGCUGCACAACUUCAACGUGGAGAGCGACUGCGUGCCAACCCGCUCCGCGCUGAUGACGGGCCGGCACCCGAUCCGGACCGGCUGCCGACAAUCCGUCCCCGCGGGGUUCCCGCAGGGUCUGACUCCGUGGGAGCGGACGCUGGCUGAGUGUCUCAAGGAGAACGACUAUGCUACUGCGCACCACGGGAAGUGGCAUCUGGGAGAUGUCCCCGGUCGGUACCCUUCGGACAGAGGCUUUGACGAGUGGUUUGGGAUCCCGCGGACGACGGAUGAGACGCAGUUUACGUCUGCGAUUGGGUAUACUCCCGAAGUGGCGGAGAUGCCGUACAUCAUGAAGGGAGUUGCUGGGCAAAUGUCAGAGAAUGUGCGCGUCUACGACUUGGAGGCCAGGAGACUCAUCGACGAGAUGCUGGUGGAGAAAUCUAAAGACUGGCUGUCUCGUCAAGUUGCGGCUGAACGGCCAUUCUUCCUCUACCACCCUCUCGUCCACCUUCACUUCCCGACGCUGCCUCACAAGGACUUUGCGGGAACUACCAAACAAGGCGACUUUGCCGACUCCAUGACGGAGAUGGAUCACCACGUAGGCCAAAUCCUUGACCACAUUGACUCCCUCGGAAUUCGGGAAGAUACAGUUGUCAUCUUUGCCUCCGACAACGGUCCCGAGUUCAGGGAGCCGUACAGGGGCACGGCGGGGCCGUGGUCGGGGACAUACCACACUGCCAUGGAAGGCAGCCUGCGCGUGCCCUUCAUCAUACGGUGGCCGCGUCACGUCCCAGAAGGCGUCACGUCCAACGAGAUCGUUCACGUAACGGACAUUUUCACAACAAUUUUGUCCGUCACCAAGUCUAGAGUUCCAGACGACCGCCCCAUCGACGGCAUCGAUCAGACAAUCUUCUUCAAGGACCCGGCCAGCGUCAGAUCCGAGAGGCUGGGUUUCUUGUUUUACAUCAAAGAAGAGCUGCGAGCGAUCAAAUGGAAGGACUGGAAGCUGCAUCUCGUCUGGGAACCCAAAGUCAAUCAGUCGUCGGGUCGGCUCGAGUCGCCUUACUUGUUUAACACCGUCAGAGACCCAAAGGAGGAAUCAGACAUUUUGUCGUUCAACACCUGGGUAUUACAGCCAAUGACCAAGUUGAGGACUGAGUUCCAGAGGAGCUUGGCAAAUGAUCCGGCGCCCCCUGACCCGUUGAAGGAUUUUCUCUGCUCCAAUAUAGACGUAGACAUUCUCUGGACCAACUUCUCCAAACAGAGGGCAGAAUACCUCGCGAUGGCCUCAAAAACGACGUACGAGCCUCUGCUCGUAACACUCACCUUCACACCGGGCGGCUUCCAGCAGACCAAGAUCCUCUCUAUGGCACCGCAGACAACCCCCUUCACACCACCCAACGACCUCUGCUCUCCCGUCGACAUUCGCUGCCUUGUGGGCAAGAUGGAAGAUCUCACGGGGGACGUCGAGUGCCUGCGAGACCAAGUCGUGGCCGAGACCACAGCCAGCCUGCCAACGCAAUGCUUUCCCGAGAGUUACGCCGCAAUCUGGCGACCAUCCGGGAAUACAUUCAGCGACGUCGCAAGCGUAGCCUACCCAGGCACAGCCUGCAUCUCCGGCUGGACGACAGCGUGCGAGACAACCCUGACCCUCGAGAGCGCGCAGACGUACACCCAGACGUGGUGCUGCCCGAGCUCGUACACCUGCCUCGUGCCCACGCCGGGCGGGACGCCCUACCGGGACUGCGUCAGUCUCCUGAGCACGAACACGGAGAUCUGGAUCAACAAUGUCGCGACGAGCGGCGGGCGGGAGUCGACGCUCUGGAGCUCGUGGAGGAAAAUCUCCCUCACCGGUCUCCCCAGUGUUGCCGGGGGACCCCUCUCGGUCAAACACCCCGUCUUUCCGCUCUACGGUCGUGUUCCCUCCUCCCAGGCCUCUGGUGUUGCUGGAGAGGCAGGUCUUUCGAUUGGUGCUAUUGCGGGGAUCGCGGUUGGAGCGGUGGUGCUGGUUCUCUUGCUGCUCGGUGCCGGGUUACUCAUAUGCCUUCGGAAGCGGAAGCAAAAGAGGGCUGCGGCCGUCAUUGCCGCGCAGAAUGAGGGGAAUACGGGCAAUGAAGGAUAUGGGCAGAAAGGGUUUGGGUACGAUGCGAAGCAAGAGUUACCCGGCCACGGAACAGAGAUGACGGAAGUCGACGCUGCCACGCCGCCUCCCGUUGAGCUUUCGGCUUAUACGAGAGCUGCGGAAGUGGAGGGCAACCGGCCUGCUGAGUUGUCGUGA